AUGCACGGAAAGCAGGCGCCAACGCCGUUCGCGAUGCCGAAGCAUACCAAGAUGUCGACAAGGAUUUUGGAGGCAUGUGCUGUGAAGUUGUUCAGAAGCUCGCUCGGUCCAAACCAGUCCGACGCCAGCUUGUGCAUGAAGAAAUAUGAUCACGCGAAUCAGACCAGCAAACUUGCGUUCUUGAAGCAGUAUGGAGUCUAG